AUGAUGCUCAAGCAGCUCACCCUCGUCGCCCUCGCCGGCCUCGCCACCGCUACCGACCCAGGCAGAGCCAGGGUCAUCAACAAAUGCAAUUUUGAUGUCACGCUGUGGUCCGUUGGCAGUGAAAUCUCUCCCCCGCACACGCUCGCGGCCCGCGGCGGCAAGUACUCCGAGCAGUACACGCGGGACCCCAAAACAGGCGGCCGCGCCCUCAAGAUCACGCGCGAGCCCGACGGCCUCUUCAAGGGCAAACCCCAGACCAACUUUGCCUACACUCUCGACCCGGAUCGCCUUUAUUACGACCUGUCCGACGUCUUUGGCGACCCGUUCGCGGGCUACCGCAUCCAGGUCGUCCCCUCCAACAGCAACUGCCAGUCCAUUGUCUGGCCCAACGGCGUCCCGCCCGCCGGCAGCCAGGUCAAGACCUGCACGCGCGAGAGCGACACGACUCUGACCCUCUGUGCUUAG